GCUCCCGAGCCCGCACUGCUCUGCUUCUCCUAGACGCUGCCUUCUACCACCAGGGAAAAAAACACUAGCAGCCAUGCCGUCGAAGCUCAACUCGGAGCUGUUGGACCAACAGCUGAAGGCGGAGGCUCCCGUUGCGGAAGCAAGCUGCCCUAGAUUGCGGGACAUGUGGCUGCAGGAGAGCAACAAGGACGAGCCAAACCUCGACAUCAAGUUCCAGUACGCCCUUACGCUAAUCAAGACCAGAUCCCACGACAAGAAUCGCGAGGGAAUGUCUCUGUUGGAAGGUCUUGCUGAAAGCAGCUACCACGUCGGGGAGUGCUACUACAGCAUGGCUCUUGCGCUGUACCGGAUGGGACGAUACGAAGAGUGCCGCAGUAUGGUGGAGAUCGUUCUGAGGAUGGACCCAGACAUGCCCGCCGCGCAAACCUUGCACAAGGCUGUCCAGGAGGCCGUUGCCCGCAGAAAUGAGACUGUGAGGAACGUCGCCGCGGGAGGCGCGGCCGUGGCGGGUCUGGGCAUCCUUGUCGGAGUUUUGCUGGGCCGUCGAUGAUGUGCUGCUUGAGCACGAUAGAGCUCACGAUUUUGUGCCACGUUGCCGUGGGAAAAUGGGGCGCGGAUUUCGCCCUACAAGGUGUCGGCGUCCAGGGAUAUUCGUGCGGUCUUGCAAGAGUUUGGAAGCGCCAUCCAAGUGCCCGAGUCGCCAGGCCUCCCAUGGUCGGGCGGAAAAGAGGUGGUAUUUGCGCAACUGAAGAUACUUCAAACAGCUGCAACAACCGCACCAUACGGGGGGGAACGAGAUUGGGAGUAGGGAUGUUGGUGCAGUCCUGCUAGAAUUGCGAGCGGUAUCCAAGCGCCCGAGUCGCCUGCCUCCCAUUGUUGGGCGGAAAACGGGUGGUAUUUGCGCAACUGAAGAGGCUUCGAACAGCUGCAACAGUGGCGCCGUAGGGGGGAGCGAGGUUGGAAGUAGAUACCCCCACGUUUAAUGAAUCCUUGUGGUUGGAAAGGUGGUGCUGGGGUCGAAUUUAUCGGAUCGGAGUCGACGCGAGAUAUGUCUGACCCCCCUGGUGAGGCGUCGAGCAGGAUUUGAUUUGAUACAACCUUGGCAAAUCGAUGUUCUUUGGUCGCGCCUGCCGCGAGGACGCCUCUUGAUUGUAAGGUUUCAGUCUCACGCGCGCGUACCGCCUAGUGGAGCAAAAAAGAGGCCAAGAGUAUUGCGCCCAAGUGGCAACGAUGGGACAGCCAUCCUUGCUUCUCCUGUCUGGACAAGGUGGUUCAUGUGCGACCAUUGUGCAGGGGCUUAUGCUUGCGAAGAUGUCCUUCCUGUAGACGACACUUUUGCUGACGCGGUGGAGUGUACCUUCUUUGUAGUUGACUCACGUAGAGGUGACGGUGAUCUAAUUUCCCCAACGUCCGUCAAGGACGAUCCCGUCUUUUGACGUUGACUAUCUGAUCAUAUGGAAGAUAGCUCGUGUUCGGAUCCCGCGACUCGCCAAAACCUGGCGGAACCACAUUUUGCUUUGGAGGAGGCGGAUAACCCCCCCCC